CACGGUGUUCUCGGAUCAUGGAAUGAUUCUCUUCCUUUUUGCAAGUGGCUAGGAGUGACAUGUGGUCGCCGGCACCAAAGAGUCACAAGCUUGAAUCUAACAGGCAAAGGCUUAGCAGGUUCUUUAUCUCCUUUUAUUGGAAACCUUAGCUUCCUUAGGUACAUCUUCUUAGAUGAAAACCAAUUUCAUGGAAGUAUCCCUCCCGAAAUAGGCCGUUUAUCUCGAUUACAAAAUAUAUCCCUUAUAAGCAAUUUUUUCACCGGAGAAAUCCCAGCCAACUUAUCAAGUUGCUCAAAACUACGGGAACUUAGCUUAUAUAGAAAUAAGUUGUCUGGGAAAAUUCCAAAUAUAUUUAGUUCUCUACAGAUGCUGAAAAUAUUUGACUUGAGAAGAAAUAACUUCACAGGAAGGAUUCUACCAUCCAUUGGCAAUCUCACAUCUCUUGAAAUCCUCUAUCUUUCUCGCAAUCCGUUAGGAGGGAGCAUUCCAGAUUCCUUGAAUCGGUUGAAAGAAUUGAGAGAGUUAGGCCUAGCACAUAAUGGCCUCACCGGAGUGUUUCCAAUGUUCUCCUAUAACCUUUCAAUGUCCGAAUUCACUUGGGAACUUCUCAUCCAAACUGAAGUACAUAUCGCUUUCUCAUAAUUAUGUCUCAGGCAGUCUCCCUUCAUCUAUCGGCAAUUUGUUUGGCCUGACUCUAAUUAAUCUAGAACAAAACAACUUCACAGGCAUGAUUCCUGAAAGCAUAGGAAAGCUUCGAAACUUGGAAGAACUAUAUCUUGACUUCAAUGCUUUCUCUAAGAUUAUUCCACCGUCUAUAGGAAACCUGUCAUUUCUAACUGAACUCUAUUUGGGUGCAAACAACUUGGAAGGCACUAUACCAUCGACUUUAAGCAGUUGCAAAAAGUUGUUAUUACUAAGCCUGUUUCGAAAUAACCUUAGAGGAAGUGUGCCCAAAGAAAUAUUUCAGCUGCCUUCACUUUCCAUUGCACUAGACCUGAGUCAAAACGGUUUGUCUGGAGUGCUUCCACAAGAGAUUGGCAGCCUGAAGAACUUAGGAUCUCUUGAUUUGUCUGAGAAUCAUUUAUCGGGUGAACUUCCAAGUAGUUUUAGCAGCUGCAUCAGCCUUGAAUUACUAAAUCUUUCUAGUAAUUUCUUCCAUGGAUCAAUGCCAAAGGCAUUGAGUUCUUUGAGGGGCCUUGAAUAUGUUAACUUGUCCCGAAAUAACUUUUCGGGGCCCAUACCAACAUAUUUUCAGGAAAAGGAUUUGAAGAAUCUAGAUCUUUCGUAUAACAACUUCGAGGGAGAGGUGUCUGUCAAAGGUGUUUUCGCCAACACAAGUAUGAUAUCAAUCAUUGGGAAUCAUAGACUUUGUGGUGGCAUAGCUGAGCUUCACCUACCCAAAUGCACAAAUAGCGAAUCCAAAAGGAGUUCCAGGAAGCUUUCUAUUCGUGUUGUUGUAGCAAUCUCACUAUCUUCCACUGUUGUAGGUUUAGCAGUGGUGUCAUUUCUCUUGUUUCACUACCAUAAAAAAAGGAAUACAAAUAAACAAUUAGAUACAAUAUCGACUAAAUCUUUUGAGAAGAUUUCAUAUGGAAGACUUUCCAAAGCAACAGAAGGGUUCUCUGUAGAAAAUCUGAUUGGUACGGGUAGCUUUGCUUCAGUCUACAAAGGAGUUCUUGAUGAAAGUGGCUUCACUGUGGCAAUCAAAGUACUGAACCUUAAUCUCCGAGGAGGUUUUAGGAGUUUUAUGGCCGAGUGUGAUGCCUUGAGGAAUAUUCGACAUCGCAACCUGGUGAAGAUUAUAACUUCUUGUUCAAGUAUUGAUUUCCAAGGGAAUGAUUUCAAAGCUUUAGUUUAUGAUUUCAUGCCAAAUGGGAGUUUGGAGAGUUGGCUGCAUUCAAUACAGCAAAUGCUAGAUCUUGCUCAAAGAAUAAACAUUAUUAAGGAUGUGGCAUGUGCUCUUGAGUAUCUACACUGUCACUGUGGGAACAUAGUUGUCCAUUGUGAUUUGAAGCCGAGCAACAUUUUACUGGACACUGAUAUGGUCGCUCAUGUUGGAGAUUUUGGACUUGCAAAAAUUCUUUCCCUAGAAGGAGUUUCUAACGCAAACAACAAUAGCUCAAGUGUUUUUAGAGGAACCAUUGGGUAUGCACCUCCAGGUAAGCUACUGAUCACUAGUCCAUUUAACCGUUUUCUUUUCGUUUACAUAAUACUAUACAAUUAAUUCUACACAUGAUGCAGAAUAUGGAUAUCAUAUUAAGUUUAUGUUUGAACUGAAUGAACGUUUCUUUUUUAAGUCAAUGAUGAUUUUGGUAUGGCUAUGGAUAUCAUGUUCAUACAUAUAGGCGUCUUUCUUUCGAGA